GCCGCGGACUGAGGGAAGGGCGAGACAGAGGAGAGCUUACAACGCAGCCACAGCUCCUCCGCCAUUCAGACAGACUGUCCACUGAACCGGGAGGGCCAGGACCGAACAGCCGCAGAACCGGAGCCCGUCGUCCUCAUCAUCUUCCUCUGUCUCUCCAGCAGCUCUCUGUGACACACACCGCAGCGACAACAUGCGUGAGAUAGUGCACCUGCAGGCCGGACAGUGCGGGAACCAGAUUGGAGCAAAGUUCUGGGAGGUGAUCAGCGAUGAGCAUGGCAUAGACCCAACUGGAACCUACCAUGGAGACAGCGAUCUGCAGCUGGACAGAAUCAAUGUCUACUAUAAUGAGGCUUCAGGUGGAAAGUACGUGCCUAGGGCCAUCUUGGUGGAUCUGGAGCCAGGCACUAUGGACUCUGUCCGCUCCGGCCCCUUCGGACAGAUCUUCAGACCUGACAACUUUGUCUUUGGCCAGAGCGGAGCCGGUAACAACUGGGCAAAGGGCCACUAUACAGAGGGAGCCGAGCUGGUGGACUCGGUCCUGGAUGUGGUGAGGAAGGAGGCUGAGAGCUGCGACUGCCUCCAGGGAUUCCAGCUUACACACUCCCUGGGCGGUGGUACCGGCUCUGGUAUGGGGACUCUGCUCAUCAGCAAGAUCCGUGAGGAGUACCCCGAUCGUAUCAUGAACACCUUCAGUGUGGUGCCAUCUCCUAAGGUGUCAGACACUGUGGUGGAGCCCUACAAUGCUACCCUGUCUGUCCACCAGCUGGUUGAGAACACAGACGAGACUUACUGCAUCGACAACGAGGCCCUGUAUGACAUCUGCUUCCGCACCCUCAAACUCACCACACCCACAUAUGGAGACCUCAACCACCUGGUCUCUGCCACCAUGAGUGGGGUGACAACCUGCCUGCGUUUCCCCGGCCAGCUCAACGCUGACCUCCGCAAACUGGCCGUCAACAUGGUGCCGUUCCCUCGUCUGCACUUCUUCAUGCCCGGCUUCGCCCCGCUCACCAGCAGGGGCAGCCAGCAGUACAGAGCCCUCUCUGUGCCUGAACUUACUCAGCAGAUGUUCGAUGCCAAGAACAUGAUGGCCGCCUGUGACCCGCGCCACGGCCGCUACCUGACCGUGGCCGCCGUGUUCCGCGGCCGCAUGUCCAUGAAGGAGGUGGACGAGCAGAUGCUGAACGUGCAGAACAAGAACAGCAGCUACUUCGUGGAGUGGAUCCCCAACAACGUCAAGACGGCGGUGUGCGACAUCCCUCCCCGCGGGCUCAAAAUGGCCGCCACAUUCAUCGGCAACAGCACGGCCAUCCAGGAGCUCUUCAAGCGCAUCUCUGAGCAGUUCACCGCCAUGUUCCGCCGCAAGGCCUUCCUCCACUGGUACACUGGCGAGGGCAUGGAUGAGAUGGAAUUCACUGAGGCGGAGAGCAACAUGAACGACUUGGUGUCCGAGUACCAGCAGUACCAGGAUGCCACGGCUGAGGAGGGAGAGUUUGAGGAGGAAGGAGAGGAGGAGGUGGCCUAAGGCUUAAAAAGCACUCCUCAUUUCUCACCUGCACUCGUCAUAACUACAUCAAUCCACCCACUUCUUUCAUUCCUACUCUGCUCUUUUUCUCUUUCUCUUUCCCUUUCUUUUCUUGUCAUGGUACUCUCCGUUGUCCGCUCUCUUAUCCCUGUAUUCCCUCUGCCUCUCCCCCUCCCUCCAGCCAGAGUAGGAUUUACAACACUAAACUGUCUCUCCCAUCUCAGUGCUCAUGUAGAGGUAGCUAACACAGGUGUGCUUGUGGUCUUUUGUCCGUAGCUUUCUGUUUAUGUUCAUUUAUCAUCAUCAGUCAAACAGUACCUGGGCAAAGUAUUCAAUGAAACUGUUCAACCCACGCAAUUUUGAUCACUUGUCUAAUUUGGCAUUGGUUGAAAUAAAUCUGUUGGAAAAACA